AUGACUACGGUCUCCAAGCUGGGAAUUCAAGGCAUCCGAAGCUUCAACCAUGAGAGGAUGGAGAUCAUCGAGUUUGAGAAGCCGGUGACCUUGAUCGUUGGCCCCAACGGCUCCGGCAAGACCACGAUCAUCGAAUGCCUGAAAAUGGCCUCCGCCGGCAUCCUGCCGCCCAACGCGCGCAACGGGCACGGCUUUGUGCAUGAUCCGCAGGUGGCCCGGCUGCCCGAGGUGAAGGGGCAGAUCCGCAUGCUCUUCAAGGCCGGCUCGGACACCAGCCGGGAGAUCUGCGCCAUCCGCUCCUUUCAGCUGGCGAACCGCCGGGUGGCCGGCCGCAUCAAGCCCACCUUCAAGGCCCUGGAGAGCGUCCUGCGGACGGCGGCGGAUGAUGGCAGCAAGGCGAGCCUUAGCCACCGAUGCGCCGAUAUGGACACCCAAGUGCCCGAGCUCAUGGGCGUAUCCCGGGCCGUCCUGGAAAACGUGAUUUUCUGCCACCAGGAGGAGUCGUCCUGGCCUUUGAUGGACGCCGCCAGCGUGAAGAAACGCUUCGACGACAUUUUUGGCUCCACCAGGUACACAAAAGCGCUGCAGAACAUCAAGGAGGUGCAGCGAGAUUGGGCCAACACCACUCGCAAACGCAAAGCGGAUGCCGACCUGUCUCAGGCGCACUUGGAUCAAGCCCGGAAAUUGGCAGGCCAGCGAGAGGACCGGGAGCGGAGUGCCAAGGAGCUGUCAGCGGAGCUGGAAGGGCUGGAUGGCAAGCUGGGCGCCGUGGGCGAGGAGCUCCAGAAGGCGGAGAUGGAUUUGGCCCAGUACGAGAGCUGCGGCAUCCGGGUGGCCGAGCUGAAGAGUUUGAUCGGCAGGUGCCAGAGGGAUAGACAAGAAACGGCAGACGCCAUGAGACAGAAGGGCCAGGACAUCUUCCGCGAGUCGCUCGCGGAGCUUGAAGAGCAGUCCAGGCAGUUCAAUGAGCGCGCCAUAGUGCAGAGUGAUCAGCAGGUGAAGCAGGCCAGAUCCGACCUGGCCAAGGGCGAGUCGGAGUACCAUUCCUGCAUCAAUGCCGCCCGCCAGCUCCGCGAGGACAUGGGGGAGACCGUGGCGGCGGCGGAGCUGCUGAGCUCCCGGAAGGCGGAGCUGAAGAAGCGGCUGCAGCAGGCGGACGAGCCCUCGGUGGAGGCGCUGCGCGCCAAGUUGGACUCGGAGUCCGCCAAGUUCGCUCAGGCGGAGCGGGAACAGAGGCAGCGGGACUCCCACGCGGAGGAGUGUGUGGCUGCCACCGAGCGGGCCUUGCAGGAGGCCUCCCUGGACGCCUCAAAGCACGAGGCCCGGAUCGCGGACGCCAGCAAGGCCAUCGCGCGCCUGGAGGAGGAGGCCAAGACCUUGGCCCGGGCCGGGCCGGACCUGGACGCCCUGGUGCGGGGCCUGCGGGAGAACGAGGCGGCUCUGGGGGCGGAGGGCAACGACACGCGGCUGCGGCGCCUGGAGAGCCGCCAGGAGGACAUCGGCCGGAGGCGCCACGACCUUCAGUACUCCCUGCAGCGGAAGAGCUCGGAGGUGGCGCAGUUGGAGGCCCAGAGCUCGGUGCACGCGGAGGUGGACGCGCUGCGGGGCAGGCUGCGGGAGGCGGAGGCGGAGCUGGGGAAGAAGUUGGGGGACCUGAGGGCGGGCCUGGUGCCGCUGCUGGGCCAGAUGCCGGAGGCUGCGGAGGCGGAGGCCAAGGUGGUGUCCAGCCUGCAGGAGGCCCAACAGGCGCUGCAGCAGCAGGCCAAGAAGUGCCAGGACCUGCAGAGCCGCGCCAACGUGGCCGCCUCCAAGAAGGCCUCGGCGGAGGCGGAGCUGCACCGCCUGCAGCAGGAGGACGCCCGCCUCGCUGCGGAGCUUGGGGUGCAGUCAAGCUCCGGCGCCGCUGAGUUCAAGGCGCGGCUUCACGAGGUCAAGCAGCAGAUUGAGCUCGCGCGCAAGGACGUGUCCAUGACCGAGAGUGCCAAGCAUAUGUACGAGAAGUUCCGAGAGAAGUCGCGGUCCAAGAACAUCUGCCAGUUCUGCAAGCGGGGCUUCCACGGCGCCGGGGACCUGGCCACCUUCGAGGACGCCAUGGAGAAGCUGAUCGCCAAGAUCCCGGGGUUCUUGGAGUCCAGCCACCAGAAGCUGAACGAGGUCCAGUCGCAGGAGGCGUCUCUGGAGGCCCAGCGUCCCCGCUGGGAGCGCCUGGAGAUUUUGCGCCGGGAGGAGCUGCCCCGCAGGCUGAAGGAGGUCCAGCCGGCGGCGGAGGAGGAGCGCUCCCUGCGCACUGCCCUGGAACCACAGGAGCGCGAGAGGAAGCGCCUGGAAGAGCAAGUCAAGGCUCUGCACGAGCUGCGCCCGGAGGCUUCUGCUUUGCAGCGGCUCUCGCACUCGGUGGAGGAGCUGCGAGUGGCGGUCCGGGGCAAAGAGGCGCGCUUGCUGGGGGCCAACUCCAAAGUCUCGCUGCAGGCGGAACGGGACCAGCUCAGGGCCCUGCAGGAGCAGCUGGUGGAGCUGGGCAAGGAGGAGGACUCGGUGCGCAUGCAGCGAGACCUGCUGGCCAAGCAGCAGGAGCAGCUGAGGACGCAGAUCGCGGAGCAGAAGGGCCGCAUGCAGCUGCUGCAGUCCCAGGUGGCCCGGCGCAGCGACGUGGACUCGGAGCUAGCAGUGCGCAAGGUGGAGCUCCAGGAGAGCACAGAGACGGCGCGGCGGUCGAGGGCGGCGGCGGAGUCCACGGGGGCGCGGGCCAAGGCGCUGCGGGAGGAGCGGCAGCAGGCGGUGGCACGGUUCCGGCACGAGCGGGACAUCCAGGACGCCAAGGUGCGGACGCUGCAGCGGGAGGUGGACGCGCUUACGGAGCUGACCAAGUCCAUCGAGGUGAUGCACGGCCGCGUGGAGAACGCAGAGGCCUUGAAGGCGAAGCUGGCGGCGGCGGACGGCAAGGUGAGGGCUUCGGAGCGUGAGCUCGAGGGCCUUCGCGCGCGCCUCGAGGGGGCGGAGGACAAGAGGAAGAAGAAGGAGGCGGUUCGGGAGGCGCUGCAGGCCAACAUCCGGCUGAAGAAGGUGGAGGCAGAGGCCCAGCAGCACCAGCAGGAGAUCGAGACCUUGCUGAAGGACCUGGGCGGUCGCGAUGUAGAGCACCUGCGUCGCCAGGUGAUCGCCGUGCGGCAGCGCAGCACGGAGCUCCAAAAGCAGCGGUCCUUCCGUGAGGGCGAGCUGGUGCAGACUCGGGAGGCAGUGAGGGCGCUAGAGCUGGAGCUGGCCUCCCCUUUGUACGCAGGAGUGGAGCAGCGCCACCGCGAGGCGACCAUUCGACAUGAAUCCGCCGCGCUGGCCGCCAAGGACCUUGGCAGAUACCAUUCAGCACUGGACAAAGCCUUGAUGAAGUUCCACACCCUCAAGAUGGCUGAAAUCAACAAAACGAUCAAGGAGCUUUGGCAGAGAGUGUACCGCGGGAGGGACAUUGACUAUGUCGCCGUAAGGUCCGACUCCGAUGAGGCGGAUGGAGAAGGUGGCCCUGUGGACUCGAACGCGGCUGGCCGGCCCUUGCGCAACUACAACUACCGCGUGGUGAUGGUGUGUGGGGAUGCCGAGAUGGACAUGCGUGGGCGUUGCAGUGCCGGACAGCGUGUCCUUUGCUCCCUCAUUAUUCGCUUGGCGCUGGCCGACUCUUUCUGUGUCAACUGCGGGGUGCUUGCCCUCGAUGAGCCAACCACAAAUCUGGAUGCGGCCAACAUCCGGGGGCUGGCGGAGGCUUUGGCCAGCCUCAUCGAAGCCCGGCGCUCGCAGUCGAGGUUUCAGCUGGUGCUCAUUACCCACGACGAGGUCUUUGUCAAUCGACUUGCGCAGCUCCAGGUGUGCGAGUGGUUUUACAGGAUUCACAAAGACGAAUCUGGAUGUUCGAAGAUCGAGAAGCAGCGGAUCCAGCUGUUUGGGGAUUGA